CACCUGGUACACUGCUGAAUCAAUCAAAGUGGAAAAAGAAGAAGAAGACAGCUUACAAAACACAACAAUGUUCAAAUUUCUGGAGAAAGAGUAGAGAAGUGUAUUCUGCUCAUCUGAUCAGUUUGCAAGUACAUAAUAUUAUGGCAAUAUGAGUCGAGAUUACUGAAUCACCAUGCUUUUCUCUCGACCGCUGAGGCAACUUUUGCCGGUGAAGGUGCUAGGGAGACUAAUCGGCUACCUGCUCACAGUCUUGUUGACAGUGAUAGUCGUCAUCAUUCUAUCCCAGUUUGAUUUCAGCAAGGCACUUGGACAAGGACACGUCCAUGGCCAUAGAAACCAUGGUGUCGAGCGACGUGGCGCUGGUGCAGCACCAAACAACACACAGCGCCAGCCGGCCCACACUGGCGCUGCACCUAAGCCAAGCAGUGCACCGGGUGCUGCUGCCAUUAUCCAGCACCUUGGCACAACGCUGGCCCGGGCUGCCAUGACAACUGUAGCUGCCACGAAACGUGUAGCUGCCACUGCUGCGGCGCCUGCAACUACUGCGGCAGUGACUACAGGGGGAGCGGCUGGUUACGAAUCCAAAUACGCUCCCCCGCCGGGUGGCUGCAAGGAAAUGAAGAAGAUGAUCGUCCUGCACUGGGAUCCGCAUUGGGAUUGGCAUAGAAAUCCGAAUGGUUUAAAGGAGUUCAUGGAUUGUGAAAAGUCGAAAGUCAACCGCUGUAUCACCUGGUACACGACCAGUGACCGCUCUUUCACCAGCAAAGCUGACAUCAUCGUGGCUCACGAUUGGUCGGGCUAUCCCGCUCUGCCUGAGCGCGCGUUUCCCACGCAGCUGUUCAUGUACAUGACCAUGGAGAGCCCGUACAGCGGCUUCAGCUCGCAGCAUCUGCAGCACCUCUUCAACCUGGAGUACAAGUACAUGCUGUCGAGUCAUGUGCGAGCGGCGUACAUCCCCAUCGGUGAAAAGAGCUUCACGGAGAUCCAUGGAGCGUCUCACUUCAGCUUCAAACAAAAGGUUGCGAAUGCCGUCUCAUCUCUCGUGUCGAACUGCGGUGGAUUCGUCCCACGCUCGGAUUUCAUGCGUGACCUCAACGAGCAAGUACCUAUCCACGGCUUUGGUCGGUGCUUCCACAACCAUGAGCUCUCGAGCUACCAUGACAUCAGUACCCUAGAGAAAUACAAGGUGGCCAUGGUGUUUGAGAAUUCGCUCUGUUACGACUACGUGACGGAGAAGUGGUGGCGUGCCUUGACCCAGGCCACUAUCCCGCUGGUGACGAGCAACGACCGUGUGCCGGACUACACCAAGUACGCACCUGACUUGAACUGCUACCUCGACUAUGGCCGAUUCAAAGACAUGGCAGCCCUCGCCACCGAGAUCAAGAAGAUCAUGAAUGAUGAGGAGGUGUAUAACAAGUAUAUGGCGUAUCGCACGUGGCCAGAGGAAAAGUUCAACCCGGUCUUCCGCAAGCACUUCUCGAGCUCAAGCUGUGCAGAUUUCUGCCGCCUGGGUCAGAAGAUGCUGGACCCUGUAGAGAUGGACAAGCUGGUGAAGCGACGUAAUCCCAAGGACGAAUCUUGUCGCCCACACGGUAUUCUCCACUAGGCAACAGUGCCGGUGCUCUCAACUGGUCAACAGUGCUGACUACUGUAUUAUGGAACAGGAAUGUCCCAGGCCCUAUACUACGGUGAGCCAAGGAGUCUCCUGGCUUUGUCAUGCUGCUGAAACAUGGUUCUAUGCUGUAUUCGUCUUAAACGUCUAGCCCGUUGCCGACGACAGUACAGCUCCGCAGCAGAUGGCUAAGCAGGCGACAGUCAGCGUGUGCUUACUUGUCACCCAGCUAACCGUUCGCCCGGAUAUCUUCAUCGAACCUCUGUCAUUCUUCUAGAUUCCCGCUGAGUAUUUAUCGUCCCUCUCUCUCCUCUCUCCUUCGCCAGCUGACAGCAAACCGCCAUCGUCGUCUCGAUGGAUGCAUGGCUGCGACAUUCCUUUCUACGCUGAUUACUAAUCACCGAACGCGGAUAAGCGCCUGGUGCAGAAAUCUUUCCCCCAUUAUCACACUCCUACUGCCCGCGCUGUCAUUUGCCAUGGCUGAAACGGGGACGAACAAACUAACAUGUAUAUAAUAAAUAAUACUAGAUACAUUGUAUAUAAUCCAGGACCGAAGGUACUUGAACUAUCUGACUGUGUACAUCAUGUGCCGUGUUUCCCUACUUGCUGUACAAGGUCCUAUUUUAUGGUCUUUUUUUCAUUUUGUUUUUAAACUGGGCUUUUUCUACAAGUAAUGGCUUUUGGAUAUGUGACUGGUUCGAAGAUCAGGAAUGCUAAUUGUAUUACGUUAA